CUCUCUCUCUCUAACCUCUCUCCACCCAAAAAUUUCUAGCUCAUCUCUGCAAAAAAUAUCAUAACUUUCACAUCCGCACUUCUCAACCCACAACCCAGAAGAAAUCCAAGAUAUUUUUUUCACUUCCUAAGCUAGAAGAAGAUGAUGACCUACAACUUAUAAAUUCCAACUACAACUGGAAUCUCAGGUGUUUCUAUUUUAAGGGGGAAAGUGAUUUUAUUUAGGGUUUUUGAAGCAGGCUUGAUACAGUUUCUUCAGUCAGUCAAUCCAUUGAGAGAACAAGCUGUCCUGUUUAUAAUUUAGGCCUUGAGCAUGCUAAACUACAAUCUCUUGAUCUUGGAUUGGAUUAGCUAGGGUAUCUCUAUAGUAGACAGUGCAUGGCUAGCUCAUGUAAGAGUUGGAUUGAUGGUCUCCAUUUCUCCUCAUUGUUCUGGCCUCCUCCACCAGAUGAAAAACAGAGAAAGGCACAAGUUACUGCUUAUGUUGAUUACUUUGCCCAGUUCACAUCAGAUCAAUUUCCCGAUGACAUUGCUGAGCUGAUCCGUAAUCAUUAUCCAUCAAAGCAAAUCCGUCUAUUUGAUGAAGUUCUAGCCAUUUUUGUUCUUCACCACCCAGAGCAUGGGCACGCUGUCAUUCAUCCCAUUAUUUCAUGCAUCAUUGAUGGUACACUGGAGUAUGAUCGAAACUCCCCUCCAUUUGCUUCUUUCAUUUCUUUAGUGUGCCCAACUGAGAAUGAAUAUUCUGAACAGUGGGCGCUUGCGUGUGGAGAGAUCUUAAGAAUUCUUACUCAUUACAAUCGUCCUAUUUACAAAGUUUCACCACGAUCUAGUGAAGAAGAUGAACGAAGUGAAAGUGGGAGGGAUGCUACGACUAGUCACUCAAGUGAUGAUUUACAAAACAAUGAAAGAAAGCCAUUUAGGGCAUUGUCUCCUUGGAUUACAGAUAUAUUGGUGGCUGCACCUCUGGGUAUAAGAAGUGAUUACUUUCGCUGGUGUGGUGGUGUCAUGGGAAAAUAUGCGGCUGGAGAACUGAAACCGCCUUCAAUAAGUUCUUCACGUGGAUCUGGAAAACAUCCACAACUCAUGCCAGCAACUCCGAGAUGGGCUGUUGCUAAUGGUGCUGGUGUUAUAUUGAGUGUUUGUGAUGAAGAAGUUGCUCGUUAUGAGACAGCUACUUUAACCGCAGCUGCUGUGCCCGCUCUUUUACUUCCCCCCCCUACAACACCCAUGGAUGAACAUCUUGUUGCCGGUCUACCAGCUCUUGAGCCUUAUGCAAGGCUUUUUCACAGGUAUUAUGCAAUUGCUAGUCCGAGUGCCACUCAAAGGCUUCUAUUAGGACUUCUAGAGGCCCCCCCAUCUUGGGCUCCAGAUGCGCUUGAUGCUGCAGUACAACUUGUGGAACUCCUUAGAGCUGCAGAAGAGUAUGCCUCUGGAAUGAUGAGACUUCCACGGAACUGGAUCCAUUUGCAUUUUUUACGAGCAAUAGGGACCGCAAUGUCAAUGAGGGUGGGAAUCGCCGCAGAUGCAGCAGCAGCCUUGCUAUUCCGUAUACUUUCCCAGCCAGCCUUGCUUUUCCCUCCAUUAAGGCAAGUGGAAGGAUUUGAAGAUCAACACGAACCUUUAAACGGGUACAACUCACUCUACAGAAACCAGAUAGAAGCUUCGGCAGCAACCAUAGAAGCCACAGCUCAAGGUAUUGCGUCGAUGCUUUGUGCCCAUGGACCUGAGGUUGAGUGGAGAAUAUGUACAAUUUGGGAGGCUGCAUAUGGUCUGAUUCCGUUGAGCUCAUCAGAAGUUGAUCUUCCCGAUAUCGUUGUUGCAACUCCAUUACAACCUCCAGCUCUAUCAUGGAAUCUGUACACACCUCUGCUUAAGGUUCUCGAGUAUGUCCCUCGUGGAAGUCCAUCUGAAGCCUGUCUUAUGAAAAUAUUCGUUGCAACUGUCGAAUCAAUACUAGGAAGAACGUUCCCACCCGAAUCCUCCAGACAAGAAACCCUUAACCCUAAACGAAGGGGACCUGCUUCAAAGAAUCUGGCAGUAGCUGAACUUCACACGAUGGUCAAUUCUCUAUUUUUAGGACCACGGGUCUCUGUGAAACUCGCUUCCCGUCUUCUUUUUGUCGUGCUGACGGUUUGCGUCAGUCAUGAAGCUCAUCGAUGUGGGACUAAGAGACCGAGGAGUGAAGACGGUCAAGCGAGAACCAAAAGAGGUAAAAGUAAUGGUCCAGUGGCUGCGCUUGAUUCUUAUGUUCUAGCGGCGGUUUGUGCUCUCGCCUGCGAACUUCAGUUCUUUUCUUCGAUUUCCAAUGGAAGCAAGAACGAGCUUCAAACUAGUAUUGACACUGCAGCCUGUCGAACUCACAGAAUGUUGGCUAUACUCGAGGCACUUUUUUCGCUUAAACCGUCUUCUAUAGGAACUUCGUGGAGUUAUAGCUCGAACGAGAUAGUAGCCGCGGCUAUGGUUGCAGCGCAUAUAUCGGAGUUAUUUAGAAGAUCAAAAGCUUGCAUGCGCGCGCUGUCUGUGUUAAGGAGGUGCAAAUGGGACAAUGAAAUCCAUUUUCGGGCAUCUAAGUUGUUCAAUCUCAUUGACAUUCAUAGGAAAACUGUUGCGUCGAUUGUAAACAAGGCGGAGCCAUUGGAGGCUCAACUAAUGAACACGACUAAAGCUUGUUGGAGGGAGGAAAACCUAGCCAAGCAUUUAUCAAAUCCAUGUAGCGGAGAAACUACUUUAUGUUCAAGUUCAGCCGAGGAGCCGGAAAAGAACUCGGGGAAGGGAAUCUCGACUUUUCCUUUAAACGCAUCAGAUUUGGCGAAUUUCCUCACAAAGGACAGAAAUAUAGGAUUCAAUUGCAGUGGUCAGGUACUCUUGAGAUCUGUUCUUGAAGAGAAGCAGGAUCUUUGCUUUUCUGUUGUCUCGUUACUUUGGCAUAAGUUGAUCAAUGCGCCCGAUAUGCAACCGACUUCUGAAAGCACUUCCGCCCAACAAGGAUGGAGACAGGUGGUUGAUGCUUUAUGUGAUGUGGUGUCUGCAUCACCCGCGAAAGCUACAGCAGCUGUUGUUUUACAGGCAGAAAGGGAAUUACAGCCUUGGAUAAGUAAAGAUGACGACGACGAUCAGGUGCAGAAGAUGUGGAGAAUUAAUCAGCGUAUUAUCAAACUGAUAGUGGAGCUUAUGCGAAAUCAUAAAACUCCUGAAUCUUUGGUAAUAUUGGCUAGUUCUUCCGAUCUACUCCUUCGUUCUACAGAUGGGAUGCUCGUCGAUGGAGAGGCAUGCACCUUACCACAGCUUGAGCUUCUGGAAGCAACAGCUAGAGCAAUUGAACCAGUUCUUCAAUGGGGAGAAUCGGGAUUGGUGGUUGCAGAUGGCCUUUCUAAUCUCUUAAAGUGCCGCCUAACAGCUACAGUGAGGUGCCUCUCUCACCCGAGUGCCCAUGUUCGUGCCCUUAGCACAUCUGUUCUUCGCGAUGUUUUGUACAGCGGUUCCAUCAGUAAUAAACAUAUGGAGGAGACAAAAAAAAUUAACUGGCAAGAGGAUAUCCAAAAGUGUCUGACAUGGGAAGCUUGCAGAUCUCUCGCGACUGGAAUCUCAAUUCGGUUUCUCGAAAUUGCUUCAAAGGAAUUAGGAUGUUCUAUAUCAUCAUCGGCUCUACAUACAUAAAUAGAUGGAUCUGUCGAUAUUUUCUUUGUGCUGUUUCUGUUUCAUGUUGAUUUCAGAACUCUUCAAAUUGGCACUAACUUGUGUAGUUAUUAUAACUGGAAUUAUUUAUCUUGUUGUACUUUUAUCAACAUAUAAACUCUUUCCC